AUGCAGCGCUGGCCUGAGCCCUACCCUGAACUGUAUGCUACACAGAAUGUCGUCACAGACUUGGCCCUCAACGCUAUCCCGGUCCUACUGGUUAUGAACGAACUAGACUCUCCACCCACAAUGGAAGAGCUCAGCAAGGCAAUCGACACACAAGCCUGUGGCAAGGCUCACGGGAACGAUGGCAUCCCAUCAGAAAUCCUCAAAUGUGGGAAACCUGCACUGCUACACCCCCUGCAUGAUCUACUCUGCCUCUGCUGGGAACAUGGUCACAAACCACAAGACGUGAGAGACGCUAAAAUCAUCACCCUGUACAAAAACAAAGGUGAUCGCAACGACUGCAACAACUACAGGGGUAUCUCUCUACUCAGUGUAGUCGGUAAAGCCUUCGCAUGA